GACACCAAAGCAAGACGUUCAUCCAUUCUCACAUUCCGUUCGCACUACAAACAUAUCAAGAAAUCUGGCAUCACAUCGCAUACUGAGAACAAACAUUACAAGAAAUCCAUUACACAUAACCAAGCAUCAAACAUGGACAACAGUAAGAAGAUCGCCGUUGUAGGCAUGAGUUGGUUAGUACAUGAAUGUGUCAGAUGUCUAAGCGUUGGCCAACUGAUCUCUCGCUCUCGGCUUUCUGCGCUUCUUCCCUUCAUAGCCGCUUCGCAGGAGUUGAAGGCGUCGAUGAGUUCUGGGAGGCUAUCUCCCAAGGCAUGGAUAUGAUCACCGAGAUUCCUGCCUCCCGCUUCGACUACACCCACCACUUCUCCGCCACCCGCACCGACCCCAACACCUUGAGUACUUCCGUUGGCGGUUUCCUCAAGCAUGGCGAAGAUUUCGACCCCCGUUUCUUCAAAAUGAGCCCUCGCGAGGCCGCCGAGACCGACCCGCAGCAGCGCGUCGUGCUCGAGGUUGCGUAUGAGGCUUUGGACAGUGCGGGAUAUGUGGCGGACAAGACGCCGGCGAUGAUGAGGAAGAGUUUUGGGGCUUAUGUUGGUGUUACCAAUUGUGAUUAUGCGGCGUCGUCGCUAAUACUUCUUCCACCGCAGAACUCCCACAGCGGCAUCGGCCCUUACUACACGACGGGAACCGGCAAAUCCUUCGUGAGCACCCGCAUCAGCCACGCAUUCGGUUGGUCCGGUCCGAGCAUCACUGUUGACACCGCAGGCUCGUCGGGCCUCGUCGCCAUCCAUCAAGCUUGUCAAGCCAUCAUUCAUGGGGAUUGCAAGGCCGCUGUUGCGGGAGGGGUGAACAUGAUCACGAGCCCGCACAUGUACGUGGGUCUUUCCCGCGCCUCGAUGCUCUCCGCGACUGGAGGGUCCAAGCCGUUUGAUGCAGCUGCCGACGGGUACUGUCGCGGCGAGGGAUGUGGGAUUGUUGUACUUAAACGAUUGAGUGAUGCCAUCGCCGACCGUGACAAUAUCAUCGGCGUCCUCACCGGUAGCGCCGUCAAUCAAAGCGGUCCGGCGAGCUCGAUCACGUCCCCGCACGCCGAGACGCAAAAAGAUCUUCUCGACACCGUGAUGGCCAAAGCGGGCGUGCGCACACAACACGUUACGUACGUUGAGGCUCAUGGUGGCGCAACCCAAACCGGCGAUGCAGCCGAGAUGGCUGCGCUCCAGCAGGUGUUCGGUGUGAACCGAAUGCAUGACAAUCCGCUCUAUGUGGCGUCGGUUAAGCCGAACGUUGGACAUGCGGAGUCGGCCUCGGGACCCGCCUCCUUCAUCAAAGUACUGCUCAUGAUGCAGCACCGUGCCAUUCCUCCGCAUAUCCAUCUACACAACUUGAAUCCCGAGAUCGACCACUUGAAGACAUUCAACAUGGUUAUCCCGAAAAAGCUGACUCCGUGGGUUUCUUCCACAUCCCGAACUGCCGUCGUCAACAACUACGGUGUUGGCGGAUCGAACUGCAGCGUGGUUAUCGAGUCUUUCGACAACACGCAGCAGCGUCAGCAGGACUCUUGUGGGCCGGCCGUCCACGUCCUCACGUUGUCUGCAAAGAGUACAACGUCGCUGCAGAACCUGCGCAGCCGAUACUGCAAGUUCCUGAAGAGCGCUAGGCAGGACAUCAGCGAUAUUGCAUACACGGCCUCAGCGAGGAGGAACCACUACGGAUAUCGCCUGGCGGUGACGGGCUCGAGCCCUGAUGCGCUUCUGGCGGCGUUGGAAGCUCCUAAUUGUGACACUGCGGCCUUUAGGAACCAGCCGCGUAAGAUCGUAUUCGUCUUCCCUGACCAGGAAUGCUUCUAUCUCAACAUGUGCAAGGAGCUGUACACAACUUUUUCGACGUUUCGCAACGCGUUCAAUGAAUGUGACGCCUUGAUUCAAAAGGAACAGGGAUGCUCGAUCCACGAUGUUGUCUUUGCAUGCCACUCUCCGUCGCUUAGCCUGCAGGACACCCAGCUGGCUGUCUUCGCGGUGCAGUAUGGUCUCGCUAAGAUGUGGUCGAGCAUGGGCGUCCGUCCUGAGUUUGUACUCGGGCACGGCCUCGGUGAAUAUGUCGCAGCUGUCGUAGCGGGCUGUAUCACCGUCAAGAGUGCCGUCCAUCUUAUUAUCGCUCGCUGUAGCCUUUUGGAGCGGAUGCACUACCACAAGCACAUGUUGACCAUCAGUGAUUCAGCUUCGCACGUCAAGACGCUGAUCCACUCGGCGUUUCCAAACAUCUGUUCCUCCACUGUUCCUGAGAUCGCAUGCCAAAACUCGCCCGAAGAUGUCGUCGUCGCGGGCGAAACGGCCCAUCUCCGCGUGCUGGAAGAGAAGUGCAAGACAAGGGGCAUUGCCACCAAAUGGUCAGAUGUCGCCUUUCCGUUCAACUCGCGCUUCGUUGAGCCUAUGCUGGAUGAGUUCCGAUGUGUAGCGGCAAAGAUCGAAUAUCGCGCGCCUACCAUUGCAUUCAUGUCGAACGUGACCGGCGGAAGAGUGGCAACCUUGGACGCCGACUACUUCUGCGACCAGAUGCGCAAGGUCGUUCGUUUUGAGCAAGCUGUGGAUUCCAUCCUGGAUGCUAAUGCCGAGCAACCCCCUGUCUUUAUUGAGAUGGGUCCGUCUGGUUUCCUUCCAAUGAUCAAGAAGAUUGCCGCGGCUCGCGGUUCGCCCUUCACCGAGCAGCAGGCUCUUGCCACCGUACGCCGCCAAGGUAGCGAUUGGGCCCACUUCACUGGCGCCCUCAAGCAUUUAUACCUGCAGGGCGUCGACCUCGACUGGGACGCGCUGUACGUCGACCGAGUCCAGCGGAAGGUCGUGAACCUGCCCUCCUAUGCGUUCGACCGUGUGAGGUGCUGGAUCGAUUUCAAGGACGUGCCGUUCCAGCAUUCGGCGUGCCUGCUUUUCGAAAAGGCACAAGCCGGGAAGUUGGCUGCCGAACACGCAAGCAUCCAGCUUACAAGAACCACUAUCCAGCAUUUGCCCGAUUUAUUUGAUCUGCUUCAUCGUGUGGUCCAAAUGCCCGCCCAUGCCAAUGGUCAUGUAGCGAUCUUUGACCUCCCGACACUCGCCAUUGCCAAGUACAUCGAUGGACACCGACUCGAAGAUUUCGCAGUGUGCCCGGCCUCAGUGUACUGCGAGCUUGCCAUGGCGAGCGCUUGUGCUAUCGACAAAGCAAACUUCGAUACCGCGUUUGCCGUCCGAGACCUGGAGCUGAUUCAUCCCCUCGUCCGACACAAAUACAGUGCGAUCACCAUUAGGAUCGAAAUGGAGCAAAGAAAUGCGGCGUACGCUUUCUGCGUCACAUCCUAUUCGGAUGCCAACCCUUCAGUGUUCGUCAAGCAUGCGGAAGGCGUAGUUGAGCUCCAAGCCGUGGGCAUUGUGCGGAAGCAAAUCGAGCGAGACGUCAAGGAAAAUGAUAUCCGCGGCCAACUCAAUCGCAUGCAGAUAUCGGCGGAUGCGGACAUCAUACGCCGCUCGGAGAUCUAUCGCGUGUUCGAUCGCGUUCUCGCCUAUACCCCGAUGUAUCAAGGACUGAAGCGCGUCGAAUUGUCCGCGAGCGGGCAGAAAGGUUCUGCGCGCAUUUCGGUGGAUUUGCCGCUCUCGGCUGGCAGCGAAAAGUACGUCGUGCACCCGGUUUUGCAGGACACCUUCCUGCAGGGUGCGAUCUUCCUCGCCAAUGGACAUUCCUCGUGCCCCAAAACCGAGGUGCGCUUCCUGAAUGGGAUCAAGGAAGUCAUGUUCCUGCAAGGCGGCAUGGACCCGACCGCGGAGUACUACGCCUUCUUCAUGCUCGAGGAUAAAUCAGCAAGAGAGAAGGUAGCCAAGAUUUACAUCUUCGACUUGAACGAAAAUCUCGUCGCGGUCAUGUCUGGCAUCUCGUUCAGGUGCUUGCAACGGAGUGUCCUUACAACACUCCUGAGCUCAUCCCUCGCAAUGCACACGUCAGCAGUGAAGGAGAUGCCCAAAGAAAUUCCGAGAUCCGUCAUGGACAGUCUCCGUUUUCCGUCCCCGCCCGCGACGCCUCAGCUCUCGCCUUCUCCCCUACGCAGCCGCACGGUCUCGAUCGCGAAUGACUCCCGGUCUUGGUCGGCUACACAGUCUGCUAUGGCUUCUGUUAGUGUAACACCAACUAAAGGACAGUCUCCUGUCAGUAGCCGUCAGAGCGUUAGUUCGUCGGGCAUCAGUCAGCGCUCGACCGUCACCAUCUCUCUUCUCAAGACGAUUAUCGCCGAAUCACUUGGAGUUGAUUCGACGGAGUUGAAAGACGACGAUAACCUGGUAGACUGGGGACUGGAUCCGUUGAUGACAAUCGAAAUUCAGAGUAAGCUGCGGAAAUUGGUCUCCUGCGAACUCGGCACCUCCGCCUUCACCGACUAUCCCACCAUCAGCGGCCUCUUGGCACAUCUGAAUGGUCAUGCGAAGACCACCGUGUCGUCUGCGACGGCAAGCACCAGAAGCGUCAAAACCGCCGCCCCUAUGGCAUGUCGGACUUCUUAUAGCUCCACCGCGCCCACAGUCAAAAGCAUCGUGGCCGACGCGUUGGGAAUGAGCGUAGCCCACCUUCUCCAGCAAGACUGCGCCCUAGCCGAACUCGGCAUGGACGCCGUCAUGCUGAUCGAGAUCCGCGAAGCCAUCUUGAAACGCUUACAUGUAGAUAUCGGCCUCUCAUUCUUCGUCGACAAUCCUACCCUGCACGCGCUUUGCAGACACGUAGACGAGCGCCUGGGCUUUUGCGAGGUGGCAGUCGAAGCCACGCGGAACGUUUUUCAGACGCAUGACCGAAACCACGUCCAUCGUAUUCCGGCCGCGCGCAAACCAAGGAUCAAUGCGGCCCCGCACCACCACAUCACAUCGACCAUGGUGUCUCGCUACAUCCCCGACAUUCACCACGCGAUGGACAAAGUCUCGGCCAAGUUCUCGAAGUUCGCUGAAGAGACUGGAUUUGCCGGGUACUGUGACACUGUCGAAGUCCUGCAGGACCAGCUCUUCAUCCGCUACGUUACGGACGCGUUCGCCAAGCUCGGGUGCGACCUCCCGCACAUGCGACAUGGAGCAAGCGUGGGCCACCUGCACAAUGUCCUUCCGGAGCAUUCGCGUUUGAUGGGUCGGCUUUGGUGGGCUCUUGCGGAGGUUGGUGUUGUCAAGUUCGAUGAGGAUCGCAACGAGUACGUUCGCAGUCAUUUGGACUUGUCCGGCAUCCCGCAAUCGGACGAGCUGCUUGACACAUUGUUGGACCGCUAUCCGGAGUAUUCGCAAGACACGAGAUUGAUGGCCAAGACCGGCAGCGUUUUUGCAGACUGUCUGACGGGCAAGGUCAACUCACGCGAGAUUUUCUUCGAUGACUUCGAGACAUCGCACCUGAUGCACUCGCUUUACACCGGGUCUCCGAUGUUUGCUACCACCAUGAAGCAGCUCAACGACCUGCUGCCGGCGCUAUUCCGUGUGUUUGACACGGAAGCGGCGCGUCGACCGGUGCGUAUCCUGGAAGUCGGCGGCGGAGUUGGCGGAGCUGCUCAAAUGAUGAUUCCCACUCUGGCGAAACUUGGACGAAAGGUCGAGUAUACGUUCACCGACGUUUCGCGGUCGUGGUUUGCGAAGGCGCAGAAGACGUUGGACAUGUAUGAUUUCGUUGAUUGCAAGGUGUUUGACUGUGAUCAAGAUCCAGAGGAACAGGGCAUUGCGAUCGAAAGCUUCGACAUCGUCAUCGCGGUGAACGGCGUCCACGCCGCUCAAAACCUCAACAGAGCAGUAGGGAACAUCUCCAAACUCCUCACCUGCAACGGGGUUCUCAUCCUCUCGGAACUCAUCCAAGCGCCGUUCUGGCUGGACCUCGUGUUCGGUUUACAGCGAAAGUGGUGGAACUUUGACACCGAUGAGCGCAACUACCCCCUGAUCUCGACAGACGCAUGGCGCGGCGUUUUUGCUUCGUCUGGAUUGACCCAGUUUGCGUACACCCGUGGCGUUUCGGCGGAAAGCAAUAUUCAGAAAUUGCUCUGCGGUCGCAAGACUGCUAUUCCUGGGAAAGUGCACACCAUCAUACACUCCAUUGACCCGACCAUCAAGGACGUGAUUGACACCUCCGACGAAGAACUGAUGCACGUUCUGCGCCGCGAGAUCUCCCUCGUCUUUGGUAGCCUGAGCCUACCGCUCAGUGGUAAACACACGAUCGCGGAGUUUAGCAGUAUCAUCGAACAGCACCUUCUCGACGAGGCCGCUCUGGUCCGAAGCGACCAUUUCAUCACCACCCAUCACUGGCAUCCCGCAACUGACCGCUCUCACGACGUUCCCGCCCGCACCGCUCGCUUUCCACUCCUCAACCUCUGCCAGACAUAUCUUGACGGCAUCCACCUCCCCAAAGGGGCGAUUCGAUCCCACACGUACCACGAGAAAAUGAUCCCGCACCACAUCGACGUUUCCAAACUAGAGGACGCCAUGAACGCACUGAUCGAGCGACACCCGAUGCUCAAGGCCAAGAUUUCCGCGGACGGGCAGUACUUUGUUGACCAGUCUGCCGGACCGUAUCGCAUUCGGAAGCAACAUAUGCAUGGGAAAUCGGAAUUUGAGGUUAAGAGGGUGUUGGAGGAGAUCCGGGAGGACCGGAAGAGUGCUGGGGGUGGAGAGGAUGGGUGGUUGUUCUUCUUGGCUGUGGUUGAGGUGGCGCAUAACGAGACUAUUCUGGUCUUUGAUGCUGGUAAAUGAGAUUUCCAGCACAUUGUCAUGCUUCGAAAGGACGCUGACAGCUAAUAUCGU